AGGUCGAACUGGUGAAAAUCUCGCUGUUCGCAGUUAUUUCCUCGUUCACGCUUUGUUGGUGCGAAAGAAAAUUAUUGCGGCAUCGUGCGUCCCGUGUAUCUCCGCGAACGUUUUCCCGAGCGAUCGAAUCGCACGGUAUUGUUUGUGGGCGUAAUUUUCAUCCUCGACGAGCUGAAAACCGCAUAAAAAAGUUGGCAGCCGCCAUCUUGGUGAGGCAGUGUUGCAGUGCGGCACGCUCAAUUUUCCCGUCAUUCGACAGCGAGCGACGCGCCGCCGAAGGAAGCGUUCACCAGCGCGGCACUUUUUCGCGGCAUAGCCGGCUUUGCGGAGAUUCUAUUCGACGGUGUGUCCCGAGAGUGUUUCCUUCUGGUCGUUCCGACUGAACGCUUGAGAGAAAAAGAAACCUCAUCUCAGCACCCAUUGCCCGGCAAAAUCUCGGCAUCUUUGUCUCAGACGGCCAGUGCGUGCGUCGUAGUGACUCCAAGCCCGGUGUUGGACGACGAUUGCAAGUAGUAGCGGUUCUUUUCAAACCCAGACGAGCGGCCCGGACGGAAUAUGGCAGAUUAUCAGGAUCCGAUGGUACAGCUAGAGCUGGGUGGCGGUUCGAAUUCCCUGCCCUACCCGCGCACCUUUGACCCAACCGCACACGAUCUGGACGCUUCGUUUCGGUUGACGCGCUUCGCCGAUUUGAAGGGGCGCGCGUGCAAAGUGCCAAAGGAUGUCCUGGAGAAGCUGGUCUCGUCGUUGCAGCACGAUUACAUGCAGGAUCCGGACCAACCGUACAUGUCGCUCGCGUCACCGCGCAUCGGCAUCGGGCUCGACUGUUCCGUGAUUCCUCUGCGCCACGGUGGCCUCUGUAUGGUACAGACGACCGAUUUUUUCUACCCGAUCGUCGACGAUCCGUACAUGAUGGGCAAGAUAACGUGCGCGAACGUACUGAGCGAUUUGUAUGCGAUGGGAGUCACGGAGUGUGACAACAUGCUGAUGCUGCUGGCCGUGAGCACGAAGAUGCACGAGAAGGAGCGCGACGUGGUCAUUCCGUUGAUAAUGCGCGGUUUCAAGGACUCGGCUCUACAGGCUGGAACGAGCGUUACCGGUGGACACAGUGUCGUCAAUCCUUGGUGCACGAUUGGUGGGGUGGCUACUACGAUCUGUCAGCAAAACGAGUUCAUCGUACCGGACAAUGCGGUCAUCGGUGAUGUGCUGGUGCUGACGAAGGCUCUCGGUACCCAGGUGGCCGUGUGCGCACACCAGUGGCUCGACCAGGCUGAACGAUGGAACCGCAUUAAGCUGGUGGUGUCCGAAGAAGACGUCCGGAAGGCGUAUCACCGGGCGAUGGAUUCGAUGGCACGGUUAAACCGCGUUGCAGCCCGCCUUAUGCACAAGUACAACGCCCACGGUGCAACCGACGUGACCGGGUUCGGGUUGCUAGGACACGCACAGACGCUCGCUUCGCAUCAGAAGAAUGAGGUAUCGUUCGUCAUCCACAACUUGCCGGUGAUCGCCAAAAUGUCGGCCGUGGCAAAGGCCUGUGGUAACAUGUUCCAGCUGCUGCAGGGACACUCGGCCGAAACUUCGGGCGGACUGUUGAUCUGCUUGCCACGCGAGCAGGCGGCCGCAUACUGUAAGGACAUCGAGAAGCAGGAGGGCUACCAGGCUUGGAUUAUCGGUAUCGUUGAGAAGGGUAGCCGGACGGCUCGUAUCAUCGACAAACCACGAGUGAUUGAAGUUCCGGCAAAGGAUUAAACACACAGCGAUGCGAUGCAAAAGGAGAGUUCUCUGUCAUGCCCUUUCCGAUAAUCACAGGAACACAAACAUUCAUUCAGAAGUUAGAAAGGUAGUGGUGCAAACGGGCGCCAGGAAGAAGAGAUGUAGUACGAAGCGAUUUAACACAACGCCACGGAAGUUCUUUUUUCGUUGUAAGAAAAACUUAUGAAAUAAUCUUCUGAGCUGGAGUAAAAGGCGGAAAUAUUUUCCGGCUCCGUUCCAGUUAUGUUUUAUCUACUAAUGCUAACGAGUAAUAAAUGAUGUAAAAAA